UGAAGACAUGAUCGAGGGAAAAAAAAUGAAUUACAGUUCAGGCGAGGGUUUGUGCAGGGUUUAGCCGUUUAGGAGUAUCACCAUUUUCUCUGUGCUCUUCAACAUCAAACUUGUUUCUUUUAUUUCCUAAACAGAUACAAAAGCAUGUGGUAUCUCUGCGUUUUCUACCACAGAUUAUUGGAUUACAGAAAACCCGAAGUUGAAUCUUUAGCACAACUUUUUGGAGCUUUUAGGGACAACCUAAACGACGACGUUUAUUCCCAAUUGCAAUGGAAGGUCCCUCUCCAUCAUCACCCUGAUUCUCCUUUUCAUUUAGUCAAUCUCCCUUCUGAACAUAUUGCUCGUAGCAUUGCCAACCGAAGUAUACUUGUGAAGGGAAUGUAUGAACUAUGGGGUGAAGGGGGUAGCUAUGAGGAGUUGAAGGAUUCUGUAUUGAGUUACCCUGAUGAGGGAAAGUUACCAUACUUGGAAUCUAACAGUACUUUCAGGAUUACUGUUGACACUUUUGGGAGGGUCAUUAGUCUCCAAGAGCAAAAGGAACUUAUUCAAGGGCUUUCUUAUAUCCCUUUUAAGGGACGGGUAAAUUUGAGAAACCCAGAUCACAACUUCUGGCUAAUAGAAGUUGAUAACUGUGAAACUAGUAAUGGUCUUCCUCCAGUUGCCCAAAAGAGAAUCUUCUUUGCUCGUGAAAUCGGUGGUGCUGAUAGGAAGCUCUUACCCACAUACCAGUUGAAAAGCCGUAAUUAUCUUGGACCAACAGCCAUGGAUGCUGAAAUAGCCUUUCUAAUGGCCAACCAAGCAUUGGCUACUCCUGGUAAACUAGUUUAUGACCCUUUUGUUGGAACUGGAAGUAUUCUUGUUGCAGCAGCUCAUUUUGGAGCAAUGACCAUGGGUGCUGACAUUGACAUUAGGGUUGUACGUGAUGGACGUGGUCCUGACUGUAAUGUUUGGAGUAAUUUUAAGCAGUAUGGAUUGCAAAUGCCAGUUGGUCUUUUAAGAGCUGACAACAACCUUCCUCCGUGGCGUCCUGGGCUAAAAGAGGUAUUUGAUGCGAUAAUAUGUGACCCUCCUUAUGGAGUACGAGCCGGUGGACGCAAAUCUGGUGGUAGAAAGCUACUAAAGGGGGCUGUAGAACCUUACAUUGUUCCUGAUGACAAAAGAACAGAUCACAUACCAUCAACUGCACCUUACAGUUUAGUUGAGUGUGUACACGAUUUACUUGAUCUUGCUGCCAAGAUGCUUGUAAUGGGGGGCAGGCUUGUGUUUUUCUAUCCUAUAUUGAGAGAAGAAGAGUCUGCACAUAACCAUUUCCCGGAGCAUCCGUGUUUCAAACUGAUUUCUUCUUCCGAGCAGAUCCUAAGUUCACGGUAUUGCAGGGUAUUACUGACAAUGGUCAAAACAGGUCCUUACACAGAGGAAAUAAACGAGGCAGCUAGGUUAAAACACGCUGAAUUUAGGGAGAACCAUGUUAAGUGGCUAGAAGAGGGUAAUCUUCAUUCUGCAGUUUUCAGUCCAAUUGAUCAUGCUCAGUUAAUGGAGGAUGGCGAUUACAAGAGUAAGGAUCCAAAGCCUAAAUACAGAGGAAAAUAUGUUUAGACUUCAUCGGUAGAUGUUCCUGUCGCUAACCAUUACACUAGACAGGCAAUGUAUGUUUGUAUGUCCAAGAGGAUAACUUUCACUAUAGGGAGGUCAGUGUACCCAUAUGCCUUUUUUUUUCUUUCAGUUUUGUGACAUUUUUGUGUAACUUAUUAGAUAUCUAUUUUUAUUCAAUUUGAUGGGUUUGAUACAUUUCCUACUCUCAAACUUCUUAAUCUAGGAAACUUGAUAGGGUCUCUAUUUAAUACCAUUUUCAAAGGUGUUGUUUUCUUUCUUUUUUUAUAAGCACUUUCAAAGGUGUUGUUAGCUUAGAGACAAAUGUAUUGGUGAGAUUUACUUAAGAUCUCCAAAAUAUUAAAAUGUGGGGUUCUGAGUUGGAGACAAAUGUAGCAAAAUCUUUACUUUAAUGGAAUGGUUCCAAAUAUUGAGAAGCUAA